AUGAUUUUCUUCCGCAAAAAGACGCUCUGCGUACCUAUUUACCGCCAGCCCCAUGAAGUAAAAGAAGCGGCUAAAAAGAAACUCGAGUCCUUAACGAACCUUUCGUCGGUUCCAUGGAUUAAUCCAUCUACCAUCUUUUUCAACAACGAAGGCCUUUUCUCUCUUAAAGCAACAAACAAUAGCUUUCUCAAAGUCCACGUUCAGCAGAAACUUCUAUCUGUAGUCAAUCUCUUUCACUCGCCAGAGUGUACUACUUCAGAAAGAGAGCAAAGACUGCAUUAUGCUCGGCGGAGACUGCUGAUCUCAAUUAUGGCACAUGCAUGGCUAUGGGGCAGACCUAAGGUGUUGGAUAGCCAAGGCAAUCCUGUCGCCCUUCAAGACAUAAAGGUGCUUGCACCAGAAAGAAUCUUGGCGUUUCUGCGAGAUACUCGUAUUCAUAGAGAGGGCUGUCCAUGUGAAGAUAUACAAGGCUUCUUAGAGACAGUCCAGGAAGUCCCUUUACCUAAGGACAAAUCUAGGUGGAAUAUGAUGGCGUUUACUGCCUGUCUAUGGUGGGACAACUUGCAUGACUUGGAGGACGGCAUGUGGUGCUCCUGUCGUAUCGGCCCAGGUCGGCAAUCUAUGACAAAUGCGAUUGAUCUGGCUCGUGAAAGCCUACCGCCUUACCACGAAGCUUACCUUCCGCCUUACUACCAAGUUUGCCCAGUUGAAAGACAAGACAAAGAGGAUAGCAAGAGUUAG